GUUAUUCGAAGUUCACGGCACAUUUUGAACCCAAAUAAUCAUCUGAUUUUGCAGGUUUUGAGUUGAAAAAAUACCACUUUGCAUGGUGGAUCAGUAGAAGGAUAUCCCGAGAUUCGUUUUCGGCUGGUGUGAUGGCGAAUAGAGUUGUAGGAGGGUCUCUACGGGCCUCAUCGGGGUCCCGUUUGAGCGGAGCUGGAAUGCUUGGCCGUGGCCAUAUGCACGGAUUACUGCGGGAGUUCAAAACUUUGUACGAAAAUAAACUCCGCAAACUCGAUGAUGCCGGUCAAGUGGAUGAAGAUUCUCAAAGGAUGCGAGUACGUAUCUUACAGUCGUAUGUGGAUGACUUGUCGGAACAGAACGAGGUGCUUGUACAGACGGUGGAAGAGCUUGAGAAAGAAGCCAAUGAUCGGGUUGCGCUGCUUGAAUCAAAAUUACAGAAAACUGCUUCCUCAGUGAAGGACUAUAUGACUAAAGCUCGGGAUUAUGAACAGGAAUUGAGAAAUUACGAAGCAGACCGAGCUAAUGCUGAAGAUAUAAUCAGGGAAUAUGAAGAUAAACUAGAAAAAUAUGAUGAGGAGAACGGUUUACUUCGGGAAGAGAACUCCUGUAUUCGCCAUGACGUCAAUACUCUUAUCACAGUCAUCAGUUGUGCUAGGGCCACGGGAAGGUGGGAGAUUGACUCCGUAGACUUCAAACAACUCGCAUUUGAACAAGUAUUUGGACCUGUAUUUGAAAUUGCCAAAACUAAAACUCCUGAAGCGAUCCUGGAGCAACAUAUCUCUGAGCUUAAGAACCAGGUGGUUCAGAGGGACCAGCUGAUAGAGAAACUACAGGGAGAUUUGAGGAGUCUGUCCGAGGAACAUUUACAGUUACAAAGCAAGAUGCCAAGCUCCAUGGAUUCAAGCCGUCCAGGUUUCGGUGACCUAUCACCUAAUCAUUUUGACCCUCUUGGAGGUGGUGACACCAUCGACACCGAUAUCACUGUGAUGAGACUGAGAUCUGAUCUUGCCCUGGCCAAACAGAGAGCGGAGGAAUAUCUCAUGGAGGUUCAGAAUAAGGAUCGUAAGUGCUCAUCCCUGCAGAUCCAGAUCACAGACCUGCACAGUGAGAUUGCCCUGAAAGAUGCCGAGAACAGCAACCAUUUACAGUCAAUGAAAGUCUUGCAGGAUAAACUCAGGCAGAGUACUCAGGAGUGUUUCCGACAGGUAGCCAAGUGUGAAGAUGCCAUCCGCAGCCUGAAGGGCGAGUUGAAUGGGGUCAAGGACGAACACAUGAGGUCACGACAUGAUGUUUCCCAGUAUGAACGAAGGAUCCGUGGUUUAGAGAAUGACCUAAAGGAGGCAGAGGAGGAGCGCCAGAGAACAUUUGAUGAGAUCGGCAAUCUUCAACCACGUAUCAGGGAAGGUCAGCAGUCAAACCAGGACCAUCACCAGAUCCUCAAGUCAGAGCUCGAGCGCCGGGAUGAGACCAUACAAACACUGCGUAGAGAGGUGCUCAAGCUUCAGGAGAAGAGGGACCGCAUUGUGUCUGAGCUGGAUGAGACCGAGCGACAUAUGCAUGACAUGGAAGUGGAGCGAGAUCGCUUUAAGGAAGAGCUCCAUGGUGUUGAAUCUCACGCCCAUAGCAUCAUCUCCGAACUUGAAACCACCAAACGUCAACUUGAGGAAACAAAGGCUGAGGCCAAUGCACGUUCCAAGGACUUUAUCCGCCUGGAGACGGAUUACCAAUCGGUCAAGGCUGCACAUGCAGACUCCCUUGCACAGGUUCAAAAGUUGACCACCAGCCUGCAGAAGUUACAGAUCUCAUCGAAAGAGACAAGAGAUGCACUUACAGCUGAGGUUGCCGAGCGCCACGACACUGUCGUGAAACUGAAAGCAGACGUGAAAACCUUCGAAGACAAACACCAUGACGUGCUGGCGACUGUGAACCAUCGUGGGGACGUCAUCAAACAGCUACGGGAUGAGAUCAAAGAGGCAAACACGCAGGCCAAGGAAUACCAGGAGCAUUUACAGCACAAAGAUCGCGAACUCGCAGCAAUAUCGAUGAAAUAUCAGGAACAACUCAACGAGAUUGACCGCCUCCAGACACGCAUCCAAGAACAGGAACUGACCAACAGUCAGCAAGAGACAAUAUUCAAGACGGAGGCAUCUGAUCUCAAGGAGCAAAUCGACAGGCUGACGAUGGACGUCAAUAUAUUACAUGACAAGUUAGACCAGUCGCAGAGUCAGGUGGCGUCGCGUGAAGAUGUCAUCAGCAACCUUAAGAUGGAGCUACGAGAUGACCAAGAUUGUCUCCUAAAGCGUGAGGUUUCCACUCAGAGAUUGGAGAAGGAACUUUCGAAGGAACGCGAGUUGAACAGGAAGCUGAGUGAAGAGCUGUCAAGAUUGGAGAUCACCCUGCACCAGACGGAAGACGACCUCCAGGCAACGCGGACACAUUACAAGGCAGCCGUGGAGGAUAAUGGCCGACUAGAGGCUCGCAUUCAGGCGUUCGCCAUCAAUGCGCAGAGUGAACAAGACUGUCUCACAGAUGAGAGUGCUUGUAAGAAGUUACAGCAGGUUCAAAAUCGCGAGCAGACGAUCCACCAGUUGAAGCUUGAGCAGAUGAACCUGAGGGAAUGCCUGAGUAAAGCAGAAGAGAAGAUCUCCCAACAAGAGAGAGAGGUCGACCACCUUAAUCUACAGAAACGAACGGCAGCUGCUGAGAGUGAGGCCAAAAAUGAAGCGAUCAGAAAUGUCGAGGCGCAGCUGAAGGAUUGUAAGGAGAAGUCUGCUGGGCAGAUGGAGGACAUCAGCCGCCUCGAGGAUCAGAUCAGGGAGCUUGGUAUGGAGAUCUCACGGUAUCAAGCCGUCGAAGAGAACUUGACCCAUAAUAUUAAAAUGAAGGAGGAGCUUAUCGACCAAGUGAAGGCUGAUGCCGAUCUCCUCAAGAGACAGCAUCGGGAACUCGUGGUCAAACUGCAGCACCGUGACGAGAUGCUGCAGAAACUGAGCGCUGAGACUAACAAGAUACGCCAGAAGAACCAUGACAAGUCACAAGAGCUCCAUAAACAGUCCGAGACCAUCAAGCGACUCCAGGACGCUCUCACCCAGUCUCAGAUUGACCUUGAGGACACCAAGAGGCGAGCAGACGACGAGAUCAACCAGAGGGAGGAGAGCAUCAAACAGCUGCAGGAAGAUCUUGUUGAGUCACAGACCCAAUACUCAGCUUGUUAUGAUGAGGUGAUCCGUCAAGAGGACUUCAUCGAGAAACUGAAAACAGAAAACUCGGAACUGAAUGAGUUGGUACAGCAGCUUCAGUCCGAUAUGCUCAGGAUUCAAGAUAAGGUCCACCAUGUGGAGCUCGAGUUGACCAUAUCUCAAGAAAAACACAGGACGUGCCAGAAAGAAGUGAACAACCGAGAUCAGAACAUUGUCAAGAUCAAGACUGAGUUGGACACAGCUCAACAGAAAUACAAUGGUGCUCUUGAAGAGUUGACAAUCCGUGACACAGAAGUUCAGCGGUUGAACACGCGGCUGAAGGAAUGUCAGAGUGAGAUUCGUCAGAUGUUGUCGCAGCUUGAACUCAAGGAGGAAAAGAACAACAACAGCGAGAAGACGAUCGCUCAGCUUCACCACGACCACCAGAUCUCUCUCCAGGAGAUCAAGAAUCACAUGAAGACCAUCGACCAGAUCAAGGCCGACCUCCAGAUGGCUCGUACGUCCCACACAGAAGAGGUGGCGCGCUAUCAACAGGAUAUCCAGAUAUUGCAAGAGGAAGCGGAGGCGGUCAGGAAUGAGCUGCGAGAUCAGCAUCACGUGUGUGCAGAUCAGAGGGCGGCCAUCGAUGCCAUGCAGGAGGAGAUAGGGAGGUCAAGGGCACAACUUGAGCUAUCUGACUCUGAGAUGGCUCGUCACCAAGACACGAUGCGUCACCAAGACAUGGCCCUGACCGAGUCACGCCAGCGGAUCAUGAUCCUCGAAGACCAGAGUGAACAACAGAAAGAAGUGGUGAUGAAGCUGGAGGAAGGUCUCAACAACUAUAAACAGAAGUAUAACCAGAUGUCGCACCAGCUGGUCCAUCUUGAGGAGACGGUGAAGAAUCUGCAGGAGAGGCUGUCAGAGGGAAGGAGUCGGGAAAUAGAUGCGGAUUCAUGUAUCGAGAAACAGCAAUUAGAACUGGAGAACUUCUCCAAACAGCUGGAGGACAAGGUGCAUCAGAUUGCACACUGUGAAGACAUCAUUGAACAGUUAACGAACGAGUUGAAUCUCUCCCAGGAUGAGUUGCGCAAGACGUACGAAAGACUCGGCAAGGCUGAGGACGCUGUUGUUGAUCUCAAAGACAAACUGGAGGAAAGGCAUAGAGAGGAGGAUUACCUUAGGGGACGAUUGGGUAUAAGGCAACGGUACAAAUACCCAGUCAGUCAGAGUGCCGCUCAGUUUGAAGACAAGGCGAAGCUGAAUCACAGUGACCUUGUGCGGUAUAAGGAGCACCAUCAUCAUCCGGAUUCUGAGUACAAAGAGAAAGAGGAACACAUCCAGCAGCUUGAGUACGAUGUGAUGGAUGUGAGGAGUCAGUUGGAUAUUAAGACCCAUCAAGUCUCUGACCUCACUGAACACAUCAACGCUCUCAAGGUGGAGCUGGCUGGUCUCAGGGAACAGAAGAAUAGCGCUGCCAAAGAGAUCUCGCGCAUGGAGAAUAGCCUCCAGCAGCUCCAGAUGAACAUGGCCUCCAGUCAACAGCGACACAAGACGGAGGUGUCCAAGCUGGAGGAGCAGGUGCGAUCACUCGAUACGGAGCUACUCAACACCAAGAACCAUAACCAGGCGCUCGAGCAGGACGUGAAUGUGAGGAAUGAGCAACUCCGCCGUGGUGACCUUGACACAAAGACGCUCAAGGAGGACAUCAAUGCUAAAGUCGAUGAGAUUGAAAAGUUAGAGAGCAACAUUAGAGAUCUGAAGAUGGACAUACACAACGUGAAGAAAGACCAUCGCCUCGCAGAGAAUCAGGUCACUGAACAGAAACAAACCAUCGAUCAUCUGCGGAACGAAAUCUCUGAAGCCAGGAACCAGUUCAGGGAGUGUGCUCAGGAGCUCGCCCACCAUGAGGAGAAACUCAUGCUAAUGGAGCAGAGCCUAAUGACAACACAGGAACAACUCAGCAACAGCGUGACAGACGUCGUACGGCACGAGCAGACGAACAGGAAGGCGCAGACGGAAAUCAAAACAUUGAAAGAACGAUUGGAGAGCGCUGAAGAUGAGCUCGCAACACAGAAGUCACUGAUCGAUAAACUGCGCAAGGAUCUGAUUAGUACGAAGGAGGAGACCCACAAUGCAGUGCAGGAGGGCCUGGCGUACAAACAGCAGGCGCAUAAAUUAGAGGUGGAGCUUGAUGGUGCUAAGCAACAGGAAAAGAUGCUGUCUGAUCAGGUUGAGCAGCAGGAUCUCCUCCUGACGCAGCUCCAGACUGAACUCCGUGCUGAGCGCAAUCGACAACAAGACGUCAGCAAACAGCUGGUGCAGAGUAAGAAACUUGUCGGGGAACUCCAGAGUGAUAUUGACCAAUAUCAGAAACAGGUCAGAGAGUUGUCUAGUAAGCUGAAGGACCGAGAAGACCAAUGUCUUGCCCUCCGAGAAGAGAUCGAGAUCAUGCAACAGAAGAUGCGAUCACUGAAGGAAGACUUAGCCGAUCGAGAUGGUCAGUUGCGUGUCGCUAAGAUGAACCUCGUCACGGCACAGAAGCAGAGUGAACAUCACGCGCAGGAGGUGGAGAGAUAUGAGGAGACUUUGGUCCAGCUCCAGGGAGACAUCGCUAAAAGCCAGGACAUGUAUAAACAAACACACGCUGAGCUUCAAGCCAAGCAUCAGGCAGUACAGGACCUGAAGGUUCAACUGAGCACAGUGCAAGGCCACCACAAGGAGGCCAUGGAGCAGUUGUCUGAGCGCUCCAAACAGGUGGCCACUCAGAGAUCAGAGUUAUCACGGAUUCAGCAACAAAACAACUCUAUGGCUGAAGAGAUUGCAGCGUAUGAGGACAAGAUGAGAAAAUUACGGUCAGAGCUGAAAAAAGUGCAAGACUUGAACCGGGCAUCUGAAGAUGAGCUUCACAUCUAUGAAGACCGGCUCCACGGCCUGCAGGAGGAGAUUGUCAGUGCUCAGAAUCGUCACAAGCAGAGUCUCCAGGAGCUCUCGAUACGAGAGGAGGAAGUCAUGCUGAUGAAAGUGGAGUUGAACUCGUUGCAGGAGAAAUACAGGAACAGAAUUGAAGAUAGCGACCGCCUCAAAGACGAAAUUGAGUUGCAGAAACAGAAGUACCACAAUGCAGCUGAAGAGAUGCAGAAUCUGCGGGUAGCUCUGGAUGAGGCAAGAUGCAACGGUGACCGCCUUCACCGUGAAAGUGAGAUGGUCGUGCAGAAUGUCAAUACGUGGGUUCACGAGCAAAAGCAAGCAAAUGAAAAGUUGGGAACCAAAAUCCGGGAUCAGAGCAAAGCCAUCAUGGCGUUGACCACAGAGAAAGAGCAUUUAAUGGACCAAGUGGCCACUCUCCAGAAGCAGAACAACCGGUUUAAGAAUGAGUUGGAUGACCGCAGGAUCGAUUCAGAGAAGCUGAAGGCACUUCAGAGUCACUCGUCUCAUCAGCAGAUGCUGCUCAAUCAGCUCAAGAACAGACUGGAGGAGCAUGAAAACGAGCAAGAUUACGAACUAAAAGACAAACUUGCCACCAUUGAAGAUCUCCAUCAACGUUUAACACUUAACGUCAGCAAUGUUCAGCAUUUAAACCAGCAACUGAGUGCGCUACAGAAAGACAACAUGCGUUCACGGGCCGAGCUUGAGCGAGAGACAGCACAGCGACAGAGUCUACAGCUACAGCUCGAGAGCAAGGAAGAACUGAUUAAAAGCUUGAAGAGUCAGAUGGAAUCACGGGCUUAUCAGCUGCUGCUGGACCAAGGAAGAGAUGUGGAGGCGUCUGAUGGCUCAAGGUCACCAACCAAAGGCUUAGAAUCGGAGAAGCUGCGGUCUGUGAUUACGAAUGCUAUGGAGGAGUCUGGUGUGAAUGACCCUUCAUCGUUGGACAAAUCUUACUGGAUACAGAGAGUAGGAGAGUUAUCCAUCCAACUCCAGCAGAGCAGCGAAUACUGGUCCGAUAAAGUGCGCUCCCUAUCUAUGCAGUUAGAACGUCUUCGAUCACUCUCACCAAGAGCCUUAUCACCGAAAAUCUCACCAAAAACAUGAACAAUUCAUAAAGAAAGGGGAAGAGACAAGUUGUGUCCCGUGAUUGGGGCAGACGGAAAGACUGGAUGGGUCAUCUGACCCAGGACGAUUGCUCAUAUGUAAACAAGUUGAAGUCAUGAAGUCACUUCAGCUCUGUUGAGGACAUCAGAGGGUUAAAGAUAUGUUCAAACAACUUUGGAGAUAUGCUAAUGAUAUGUUUGAUUUCAUGAAGCAUGGAGGAUGUAACACAGUACUCAAUAUUUUAAAAUGUAUAAGAAUUCCAGUCCGGUGUGAAAUAUGUACAAUCGUUACAAAGUAUUUUUUUACAUUUUGGCUUCUCUCCCAGUGGAACUAUUUUUCUGGGAUGAUUAUACCGGCUGGAGACGUUCCCAAAAACCUUAUCUGAUAUACACCGGGAAGAAGUCGUUCCUAAUUUACCUUCUCCGAUAAAAUCUUUUGUAAAUGUUUUGCUCAAAACAAACCGUCCAAAUUCUCGACAUUCCAAAUCCAUGCGUCCAUUUUACAAUCCUCUCCAUUCAACUCGUAAGUUAAGCAAAACAGAUUUUUUUGUGGUGAAGUCUAUUAUGUUUGGUGUAAAGGCCUAGGGCUGGUUUAGCAUUUCUAUGUAUCGGAUCAAAGGUGGCAGCUAAAGUCUUGUCCCGUCUGUGCCCACGGUUCAUCCCAUGGUGGCAGUCUUUUUACUCUUUGUGGUGGCGUAUCGCUCCUUCAGUUCCACAGUCAAAUACAUUAAGGUUAGGAUCGUAGCUGAGCUGUCUAGGUGUGCAUCAGAGAUAGUAAACUGUGAGGUAAGGUGGGGAGAAGCUGUCCACCUCCCAUUGCAUCUUGACCCUCAAGUUUUGGACUUUACUGAGCCAUCUUGGACUUGGUUGCAGAGUAAUCAACAGAUGCAAUACCUCUGAAAGCUCGGGAUGCUUCCAUUGUUUGCUAUUCACAUACACAAGAAUUGUGAAUAGACGCGCAAUAGAAGGGUUAGCUUUACUGUAUAUGAACUUGAAAAAGUUUUGGUCCUCUCUGUCCUCUGUGGCUACUGAAUGGGUUACAAAAUUUCGCUUUCGCUUUAUUGCCACUUGUUUCGCUUGUAAAAAGGCUUGCUUCAUCUUGGGGAUGGUAGACUCCAGAUUGCUUUUAAGAAGGGAUCUGAAUGCUGAAGAUAACCAUGCCAUGUCUCCUUAGACAUGAUGUCUGUCUAGCACCUAAACACUAGAAAAUAGGGAGUAAUUACUCUUUAGUAUGGAAAAUAUUCUUGAGAAGAUUUACCUGAACCUAAAAUUUGUAUAUUUGCUGUAUUUAGCAGUUGACUAUUUUAUGGGAGAACCUAAUAUUUAUUGAAUUCCCCACUGUGUAUAUUUAAGAAAUGAUAUGAAAGACAGGAGCUGGGCUCUACAAUGUAAAUAGUGGUAUGAAGAAUGUUUGGAAAUCAAUGAUGAAAAAAUAUGGUUGUGCAUUUCUGUGAAAUUGUCCUCAUCAAAAGAUUGAGUGAACACAUUAUGCUUCAAUAUUUAAUUUUUUGAGGGGGUGGAGAGUCAUUAUAUUAAGAUAUGGGUUGUAGGUUUACCUGUUGACUGUUGUGCCAAGUGGUUGACCUUUGAACUUGAACAUGUGACUUGAUCAAGGGAUCUGUUGUAGCAUGGAAUAUAAAACUCCGCGAAAGAUCAUGGUUUAUUUGCCAUUUGCAUAUUCACAUAUCAAGAGCAUAUUUUUAUCUGUAUCAGUUGUAUAAUAUGAGCAUGCAUUUACAAUUUUACUAUGGCAAUGGCCUUCCAAUGCUUUUAUAGCAUUGAGAGCAUUUUCAUCUGCGGUAGAUUAGAUUUAAUACAUGUGCCAUCUGAAGCACAACUUGUGACUACCGACUGCCAAAAUUAUUGUAACAAUAACUAGGUCAAGUAUUAGUAACAAUAUCCAUCACUAUCUUCGGCAAAGUUUCUUUUGUUCCAAUCUCUCAAGUAACUUCCAACUCAUAAUGAAAUGUCUGACAUGAGUCAAUCCAUUACUACGGUUACCAGUAUUAUUGUAUGAUAUUUAAAAAAUGUUUUUUUAGACACUUUAGAAAUGUGUUUCAGACAUGCACGGUACAGAGCCACUCACUGGGGCAGUGUUGCACUGCCAGGAACUUAAUCCAUGUGGACUCCAUCUACUCUGUUAUAAUGUUUGCCGAUAAGAAUUGGUUGUUGCUGAAUGCAAUUACGAAGAUCACCCUGCUAAGUUUUAUUGUCAGCUCUCAAAACUAGCAAAAGCAGAAGAAACCUCGCUUUUGUUUGUUAGCUACAAAAUAGUCUGACAACUAAUCAAUUUUCUACUAUAACAAGCAAUUUUAACUCAUGCCCUUUCAAGACUUUAUAACACAGUAGUCGGAUUAAACAGAUUUUUUUAUUUUAUCUAAUACUAUGUUAUCUAUAAUCUUAUUUCAUACUUAGAUGUUUAGUUUAACGUUAUUGGCGUGUGUAUUUUAUAGAUGUCUUAGCACAAGCUAGACUUGUGGCAACUUGGGGCGUAGAUCAUGUUUUAUUUGGCUGCUUAGAAAACUAGUGCAUUUAGCUUUAGUCUUGAUUUAUCUGCUGCGCCGACUGUCAAACCUGCCAACAUUUUAUGCAGAGAAGAUGCUAUAGUGUAUCAUUAGGCUUGGGUCUUAAACCUCAUGGGUAUUUGCUAUAUUUCCUUGCUUAUUCCCCUAAAAUCUCCUGAAUAUAAUGGGUAACUUCAGUGUGGAAAAUGCUACAUUAUGUUUUAUCAGAGCUUCUAAAACUCAGAAAUUGCAAUGGUGGUGAGUUAGAGCCUAGUACCUUUAUUUGACUUAGCAACGAUAAACGCUUGUGUACCAACAACUGCACACCAUACAGCUCAUCUUGUAGGUGGUUUCAAUCUUUGGAGCUUUUCCUGACAAUAAAUGCAUCCAAAUUUACUGAAUAAGGAAGGUCCGCUAAGCUUGGAUUCAGUUGAGAACUUAAUUUAUUAUCACGAAUACUGUUGAUGUCGACUCUGCCUGGAAUGAAAGUUGUGUUUGUCUCUUUUGACAGUUGGUCAGUGUAAAACAUCAUGGAUGUUGUAUAUGAUAAUACAAGACAAUAAAUAUU